UGUAGGACAGGAGCAUUGGAAGCUUGUCUUUUCUGGCUUGGACACCUUUGAAGGUUCAAGCUAAGGUUGACUUCCCCUCCAUAACUGGCGCUGUGCACAGGAGCAGCAGGCCUGUGUGGUCAUUCGGGCUGACCUUCUGUCUCUGGUUCUGUCUUCUCAAUGAAGAAGGAGAACUUCCCUGAUGAACUCAGCUUGGCAUCCCCCCAGAUCAGCAACGGCAUGGUGCUGCUUCAGAGUGUGGCCAACCGGGGCUCCCAUGGGCCAGAGAAGAAGCAGCAAGACCGUCAUAGACCCAGCAAGUCAGCCCAGGCUGUUGGCCGCUACUACCGCAAAGUGAGCCAGCUUAAGAAGCUCACUAGCCCUAAUGGCUUUGUGUCUGAAAUGGAAGAAAUGAGGAAGGCUUUUCUCAUGCGGCCUGGAUGCCCCCAGUUCAGUACCAGAGCCACAUCUGUGUCUCAUAUGGGUUCUGCCACCACGGUUGAUCUGCCCAGGGACACAUGUACCAGCUCCGGGACUUGGAGGAUGACUGAGGACCAGCCCCUGGACAGGCUGGGCUCUGCCACCAGUGUGGAUGGGCACCUCUUUUCACUCAGCAAGAGUGCUUGUGAGCUCAACUACUCACGGAAGAAGAGUGAGCCCCCAGCCACAAGUCCCACCAGCCCAACCUUGGUCAAGAGGUCCCAAAGAACCAGAAUGCCCUGGUACAUCUCAGUCAUCCAUGAGAAGGAUCAUUCCCUGAUCCAACUGGAAGAAGAACUCCAGCGUCUCUCAGUGCUGGAGACCCAGAUGCAGAAGAAAGAUCAGGAGAUCUUGAUGCUCCAAAAGGAGAAGGAAGCCCUGAAGAAGCAGCUGAGGACCCUUCUCAGAAGCAGAGGCACAGAAACAUCCUCAGCUUCCGCCAGGAUGGAGCGGUCCUCUGAGGCUCCCCUGAAGCUGGGAAGGCUGAGCAUGCUGAAGACCGCGUACAAAGACGAGGAGGAGCUGCAGCGCUGGAUGCAGGACGACCUUAACGUGGUAGAGAACAGGGAGCUGCAGAUGGAAGUAGGAAAUGUCGUGGAGGAAAAGGGCGCUGAGGGGCCCCUGGAGGAAGCUGUAACUGGCAAGAUCGGGACUUUGCUGGAAGAGGGCCCUGAGGAGGAGGAGGAGGAAGCAGAAGGAGCUGAGGAGGAUGAGGAGGAGGGGGAGGUGAUACAGGAGGAAGAAUUGUGGGAGUUGAAGGAGGAAGAGGAACAGCGUCCCAAGAGGUCAUACUCUCUGACCGAGUCCUUUGAGGAGGAGCUAAUGGCCCAGCUGGAGGAGUAUGAGCGAAUGUUGAUGGACUUCCAGAGUGAGCUGGAACUCACUAGGGCCAGAUAUUCCCUGGCCACAGGAGCCAUCACAUCUUUACAACGGCAAAACGACUUCCAAGAGUCUCAGCUGCGGAAGGUCACCACAGAAAACGAGCUUCUGGAAAAGGAACUCCGUGAACGGAAGCGGCAGAUCCAAGCCAUGACCAACAAGUUCUCCAGCCUCCGGGAGGAAAAGAAGCAGCAGGGGAUAAUGGGGCUCAUUGAGAAGGAAAACCUCAUCCUCCGACAGCAAGUGUCUGAGUUGGAGACAGAGCUCCUGAGUCGUGAUCAGGACAUCGCGGAGCUGCACAGCAAAACUAGUGAGCUGCAGGCUCAGAUCGACCUGAACGAAGAUCACUUGAGGCGGUGGAAAGAACUCCAUGAUGACCUCCAAAGCCGGAAUGAGACAAUCCAGCAAGCAGAGCAACAGACUCGUGUGAUCCUGGAGUCCUCUCAGGCCAGGGUAAUGCCUGUUGCCCCCCACCGAGGGUUCAAGUUCAUGGCCACCCAUAUCCUUACCCACUGCCCACCCACACAGACCAUGUGCCCAGCAACAAGGGUUCUGGCUUAUUCUGCCUCAGAUUGCAACAUGCAGUAUAGAACUGAGGCUUGGAAAGUAGUGGAGGAGAGCGUGAGGGCUUAUGGAACAUUCUGGAAACACAGAGAGCGAGGGCCAGCAUUGUUUAUCAAGAAAGUGGGCCUUGGGUUCAGCUAGAAAAGAAGGCAGGAGGGAGGGUGAUGAUGUCCAUGUCUGCCCUCCCUUCACCCCACCACUUCCCUGCUGCCCCUCCCCAUUAUCUCCCCUCCUGCUUCAAGUCCUCUUAUCUUUUCUAAUUGAUUUUUUUAAUAACCCACUGAGUCCAAUUAGUGCUGCUCCUAUGUGAACAGCUGUGGGUUCACACACUGAGGGGCAUGAACAACCAGUCAGUGAUCACCACUCGAAGAAAAGUGACUCCUUCCCAUAGCAGUCAUUAACUGCCAAUAGUUCCUUGGCUAGGGGUGGGACCUUGGGAGCCCAUUCCCCUCCAUGCUGGAAUUAAAAAAAAAAAAUCAUGUGUA